UCCAGCUUAGUCUAGAAGUCCGUGCCUUUGUCGCCCUUCCAUUUUUCGUGCGGGCCAUGGUGGCUGGCUAUCCCAAUGGAGAUGUGCAAGCGCCAGAUGCCACUGUGGACAUGCGCUCGGACACGGUGACCGCACCCUUGGAGGGCAUGCGCCAUGCCAUGGCACAGGCCGAGGUUGGAGACGAUGUCUUUGGGGAUGACCCCACCGUGAUAAAACUCCAAAACCGAGUCGCUGAGCUGCUGGGCAAGGAGGCGGCGGUCUUCGUGGCCUCGGGGACCAUGGGAAACCUCCUGGCCAUAGGCUGCCAUUGCGCUGGCCGCGGGGAGGAGGUGAUCUGCGGCAAAGAUUCGCACAUCUUCUUCUACGAGCAGGGCGGCGCCUCCAGCCUGAUGGGCGUAGUGCUGAAUACCAUCCCCAACCAGGCGGAUGGUACUCUGGAUCUGGACGAGGUGGCCAAAUACAUCAAGCCGGAGAACGAGCACUUUGCUCGGGCCAAGGUUCUAGCGCUGGAGAACACCCAGAACAAGCUGGGGGGCGCUGUGCUUCCCUUGGAGUACAUGGAGAAGGCCGGUGACUUCUGCCAGCAGCACAAUCUGAAGCUUCACGUGGACGGGGCGCGGCUCUGGAAUGCUGCCGUGGCCCUGAAGGUGCCGCUCAAAGAGGUGGUAAGGCCUUAA